AUGCGCCUGUCCAAGGUACUGAUGGACGGAGGCAGCAGCCUCAACAUCCUCUUCGUUGACACCUUGGAAGCCAUGGGAAUCCCGCGAGACUGCUUGCGGGAAUCCCUCUUCCCCUUCUACGGCAUCCUGUCGGGCAUGAAGCAAAGCCCCACCUACACCAAGUUCAUGGCGGUGCCCAACAACACCUACUUUAAGCUCAAGCUGUCGGGCCCAAACGGUGUCAUCACCGUGAGCGGCUCCUACGAACAGGCCUACGUGAGCAGCCGCGAGUACUAUGACCUCGCCACCACCGCAGCAAACUCGGCUGAGCUCGGCCAGCUUCGUGCCGCCACCGCCGAGUGCCGCCCUGACCCUGGCAGGCCUAGCCAGGCACCGGCCUUCGUCUCAACCGACGAGACCAAGACGGUUGUGGUCGACGACGCCGAUCCAACCAAGACGGUGCGGAUCGGCUCCCAGCUGCCGACCAAAUAG